AUGACGGACGCAGAAGGCGUACAGCAGGAACUACAGGACUACCUGCACAAGAAGGGCAUUAACACGCUCUUCAUCAACCUCGUGGAGUCGCUGCUACUGGCCAAACCGGAGAACCCGAUUCUGCACAUCAUCCAGAUGUUAACCCUGCCUCACUACGUUCGCAAUGUACGCGACGGUUUGGAGCAUCACUCAGACGACAGCGAGAGUGAGGACGAGGACGAGGGUGGAGACGCCGUCGGUGAGAUCGCUGCCAGCGUGCCGCCACCCAAGAUCAUGGCCAAGGGACGACGCACUUCGGUGUCCGCUGAAACUAUUGACCCAUUGAGUGCUCGCCAAUUCGAGCGUGUGGUGCAUCCCAAGUCUGCAGAGGAGAGGGAAGGAAUCGGUCGCAUGGUAGCCGAGAAUAUCCUGUUCAAGUCGUUGGAUGAGAAGCAGCACGAUAUCGUGCUCGACGCCAUGUUCCCAAAGGAGUUCGAGCCCGGUGACAUUAUCAUCAAGCAGGGAGACGACGGAGACAACUUUUACAUCCUGGAGAGCGGCGUCUGCGAGGUCUACAAGGACGGUGUGCUUGUUCAAACGGUGUGUACCCAUUUUGAUGUAGUAAUAGUAUUUUUGUCUUAUACUGUGAUGCUGACAUUUUGCUUCACCUAA